UGACAUGAUGAGCGGCGCCAUGCAUUUGUCCAAAGAGACGAGGGAAUCCAUCGCUCCCUCCUCGACUAACAUGACAGAAAUCACAACUCAGCAAUCAGCCGAUCAUACCAAGAAUGAAGAAAACCCUCAGGCGGAUGCCGAGAGCUUCCAGGCCGGCGUCCAGAGAGCCGAGCAGUUGCGGAGGAUUUGGUCCAAGACAGGAGUGAUUGUCGCCUUUGUUGGCCUAUUCCUAGCCACUUUUGCCGUCAAUUUCGCCGAUUAUUCCACCCAGGUUUACACCGCAUACACAACGAGUGCCUUCAAGCAGCACUCUGCCAUGAGUGCUGCGCGCGUGGUCAUGAAUAUCACUCGAAUCGCUUCGUAUCCGAUCAUCGCUAAGCUCGGCGACGUGUUUGGUCGCGCGGAGAUGUUCAUUGUCUCGAUCUUCGCUCAAGUACUUGGUUACGUUAUCUAUGCAUGCUGCAAGAACAUCUCACAAUACAUGGCUGCCGGGAUUUUCGAGGCCAUCGGUUCGACAGGCUAUGCCCUUACACAGCAAGUGUUCGUCGCCGAUGUAACGAAUCUAGUCAAUCGAGGCAUUUGGUCCACGCUUCCCGACUCCCUCACCACUAUUCCGACAUUAUACAUUGGCACAAUUGUUGCGCAGGAUAUCCUAGACCACUCGACCUGGCGCUGGGGCUGGGGAAUGUGGGCCAUUGUGUUGCCCGUCGCCGCAGGCCCGCUGAUCGGAAGCAUGGUGCUGUACCAGCACCGUGCACCUCGCCGCGUGAAGAUUAGUACUGCACUGGGCUGGAAAGACACAGAUCCCUGGUGGCGUCGAGUAUAUGAUUUGUUGUGGAUCCAGCUGGAUCUGCCGGGGGCGGUGCUUCUCCUUCUAGGGCUGUCGCUGUUCUUGAUUCCAUUGUCGUUGACUGGAUCGGGUAACAGCGGUGCCUGGCGCCACAACGGGUCCUUCAUUGCCAUGCUUGUGAUGGGUGUGGUGUUCGUGAUCGCAUUUCUUGUCUGGGAUGCCUGGUUCGCGAAGAAACCAUUUGUCCCAUACCGAAUGAUCAGCAACCGCACCGUGGCCGCUGCGUGCCUGCUGGGCGCCUUGGACUUCUUCCACUAUUCCGUCUUCACAGUGUUCUUUACCAGCUACCUGCAAAUAGCUGGACACUUUGAGGCAGGAAAUGCCACACGUAUCGAUAACUCCCUCCGAGUGGCCUUCCAAGUGGCGGGCAUUUUCGCCUCUCUCUGCAUGAAGUACACCCGUCGCUCGCAGAUAUGGGUUCUGACCGGAGUUCCCCUCUGCGUCCUGGGCAUGGGAAUUGUUCUAUACCUCGUGGACAUGGGCAACGGCAAAACAGGAAACGAGGCAGCCUUCGUCACAGCCAAGUCGCUGAUCGGUAUUGGACGUGGGUUCUACCAGACCGCAGCUCAGGUUUCCGUCCAGGCUGUCGUCUCCCGACAAGAAGUUUCCGUCGUGACGGCAGUGUUCUUCGCCUCGAUGAGCGUGGGAGGCGCAAUUGGAACUAGUGUCGCCGGCGCCAUCUGGCGAAGCACUCUCCCCAACAAGCUGAAGGAGUACCUUCCCGAUGCCCUGAAGUCCCAGGCUCACACCAUCUUCAGCUCGCUUGUUGUUGCUAAGAAGUAUCAGCCGGGGACUGCGGCUCGCGAGGCGAUUGACCGGAGCUACCGCGAGUCGCAGCGUCUUUUGGCGAUCGCAGCAUUGGCGGCUCUGGCGCCUAUGCUGAUUGUUAUGUUCUUCCUGCGCAAUGUCCAUCUUGAUGACCGGGAAAAGGAGGAGGUUGUUCUUGAGACACCGGCUGAGAAAGGGGCUGAAGAUGUCCAGACUAAGAAGGCAGCUACGGCAACUGCGAUUCCUUCCGGUGGUGAGGAUAGUCAUCGGGCUGAGUAGUCUGAGUGCCAGAGUGACUUUACCUGUGCGAAAGGAAGGAUGUACUUAGUCUGCCUGACAGGAGAAUGCUCUCGGGAUACUUCCUCGACAAUUACAGGCUGGUCUUGGUCAUAGAUUCUCG